CUCUUUAUUGAAACGGUUCUUCAUUUAAAAAGCAUAUUCGAGUCAACAAAAACUGUAAUCUGAUAGUUUACGACAGAAACACUGUAACAUCGAGCUGCAUCCCCAGAAAGAAGCACAAAAUCAACAGCAAGUCUUCCUUUCUUGAUCACUGAAAGGAGUUGGUCCUUUCAGCCAACUCGUUCGUGAUCGACGCAUCACCAGUGGUGUCGUCUCCUCGAAGACUCCUGAAGAUCUGCUUAGGUCUCCUCCCUGCAGGUGAGGGAUCCGGUUUCUGAUAUCCUUAGACGAACUAAUGCUGUCAGGAGGAAGAGAGAGCAGCAGGAUGUACGCUUACUGAGCCAGCAACUGCACUCAAGCAACCUGAAAAGAAGUCUUUAACAACACAGACAGAUUUGAAGAAGAUAGCGGUGGUUUGAUACACCACCCCUACCCGGCACCAUGACAUCCUCUAUGCUUCGCAGACAGCUGAAGAACCUGGUCCAGAACUAUUCUGAGGCUGAGGUCAAGGUGAGAGAGGCAACAUCUAAUGACCCAUGGGGGCCAUCGAGCUCUCAGAUGGCUGACAUCUCAGAUCUUACCUAUAACGCAGUGGCCUGUAAUGAGAUUAUGACAAUGCUAUGGAAACGGCUCAAAGACGACAAGAACUGGAGGCACAUUCACAAGUCCCUAACACUGCUGGAGUACCUGUUAAAGACCGGAGACGACCGUGUGCUUCUGAAAAUGAAGGAUAACAUCUACAUCGUCAAAGCCCUUACAGAGUAUCGAUUUCUAGAAAAGGAUGGCAAAGAUCAGGGCGUAAAUGUGAGAGAGAAGGCCAAGGUUGUCCUCGUUCUCAUGGAGGACGAUGAGAAACUGAAAGAGGAGAGAGACUUUGCUGUCAAGACCAGAGAGAAGACAUCCAAAAGUGCUGCUGCCUCAUCUGCAGAUGCCAUCAAGGAUCCCAACUACAAGCCAUGCUAUGUUCCUGGAGCAUCAGGACUUCCAUCUUUAGACAACAUACCCUCUGUAGCCGACUUGACUGCUUCUUUUGCAGCCCGCAAAGAAGAGCGUCUCAAACAGGAAGCAGAGAAGAAGGAAGCUGAAAGAAGGGCCAAGAUGACUGAAGAGGAACUACAAUGGGAGGACGCAGGCAAAGCAAGUGAUGUGAAAGGUGCUUGGGGUGGAGAUAAAGCAGAGGAGGAGGAAGCAGUUAAACAAGACGCAUGGGGAGCACCCAAAGAACCUAAAGAGGCUACAGAUCCAUGGGGUGCUCCCGCAAAACCAGACACAACUGAAACACCAACCAGCAGUGAUCCUUGGGGCGCUCCAACUAAGACAGAUGAAGAUCCGUUUGCAAAAACAGAAGAAGAUCCAUUUGCAGCAUCAAAAACAGAAGAAGAUCCAUUUGCAGCAUCAAAGACAGAUGAAGAUCCAUUUUCUAAGCCAAAGAACGGAGAGGAUCCUUUUGCAGCACCAAAAGACGACCCAUUCAAUGCACCAAAAGACAGUGAAGACCCCUUCAGUACACCUAAAGAUAAGGAAGAUCCAUUCGCUGCUCCAAAAGAUAAACCAGAUCCUUUCAGUUCAUCCAACAACGAUCCAUUCAAUACUCCAAAAGAUGACCCAUUUAACACCCCAAAAGAUGAUCCAUUCAAUGCUCCAAAAGAUGAUCCAUUUAAUACACCUAAAGAUGAUCCUUUUAACACUCCAAAAGAUGAUCCAUUCAAUACACCUAAAGAUGAUCCUUUUAAUACCCCAAAAGAUGACCCAUUCAACACACCAAAAGACGAUCCUUUUAAUACCCCUAAAGAUGACCCGUUCAACACCCCUAAAGAUGAUCCUUUUACUGCUGCUAAAGACGAUCCUUUUACUGCUUCUAAAGAUGAUCCUUUCACUGCAACAACGCCACCCAAAGAUGAUCCCUUUGCUGCCCCAACCACACCACCUAAAGAGGACCCAUUCUCGGCCCCAUCCCAACCUGCAAAAGAUGACCCUUUUGCUGCGCCAACAACACCUCCUAAAGAAGACCCCUUUGCUGCACCAACAACGCCCCCUAAAGAAGAUCCUUUUUCUGCACCAUCACCACCUUCAAAAGACGACCCUUUCACUGCACCAACAACUCCACCAAAAGAGGAUCCUUUCUCAACACCAAGUGCACCUUCAAAAGAUGACCCUUUUGCGGCACCAACAACACCACCAAAGGAGGAUCCUUUCUCUUCAUCAUCCAAACCUAGUGCAGAUGAUCCUUUUGCUGCACCACCACCAUCAAAAGAGGAUCCAUUUGCAGUGCCAUCCAGCCCACCAAAGGAUGAUGCCUCAGACCCCUUCAAUGCCCCUCCACUGAGCUCUCCCAAAGAUAGUGCAGAUGCAUGGGGAGCCCCAACCAGCCCUCCAGCUGACAGCAGUUCGGAUCCCUGGGAUGCACCAUCUGGUCCAAAUGAAGCCAAGAGUGGAGAUCCCUGGGGGACCAGUGCCACCUCACCUGUGGACAUUUCGGAUGGAUUUGGUGAUGCAUCCAGAUCAGAUAAUGAUCCGUGGGGAUCAGCAGCUCCAGCUCCAGUUAGCACAGAUGAUGCAUGGGGUGCACCUGCUCCGCCCUCAGACUCCUCCCCUAGUGACCCCUUUGGAGACGGGUCAUCUAAAAAAGGCGAUCCAUGGGGAGCACCAAGCGGCGCACCUAGCAAUGGAACAGGAAAGCGUACGGCGCAGGAAACAGCGUCAUACAGAAAGACUGCUUCAUUUCUGGGCUCUGCGGGGGCGUCACUUGUCGACUUGGACGAUCUAUUUUCCUCUAACCCCAAACCCAAACAGCAACCCCCAAGUAACACGCUCACCACCCAGACACAAGCCAUUGACUAUAAAUCCCCCUCCUUCCCCCCAUACCUUCAUCCUCCUGUUACUCCUCCUAAUUUCCCAGGCGCUUUCAAAGCCAUGACACCUGGCCCUAUGGUUGGAUCUGUUGCAGUGACAUCCCUUCCUGAAACUUCAGCCCCAUACUGUAGCCCUCAUGGUUCCACACUGGCCCCCAACUUUGGUGCAAGUUUGCCCACUUUCACAAGUUCUUAUCUUCCCAGUAAAACCCCACUAUUUCAGCCAACAUCCCAAACCAUGGGAAUGUCUCAAUCAGGCUACAGUGUGCUUCAAGCUAAUCCUCUGACUCCUGUGUAUCCUGGAACUGGAAUGGUACAGUCUUCUUCAUUUGGAGGAAGUCCACAAAUGGGAUUUAACAUGACCCCAGACUAUGGAGGAGUGGGAAUGGUGCAGUCUGGAUCUCUGGUUGGGAAUCCUAUGGCAGUCCCCCUUUUUUUGGGAGAAAGUACUGGGCAGUCCAGUGUCUUUGGGGGGAAUUGGCAAGCAGGAGCUGCGCAUUUGGGAAGAUCCACUCCACAGACAGGAGUUGGAGUUCCCUUACAAGAGAAGCUGAACCUGAGGAGUGGGUCGGAUGAAGCAGCGAACAACAAUAAUCCAUUCCUAAUCUGACAGCCUACCAUGUUAUUUCAAUCAGAUAUUUAUCAACUUCACAGGGUAGCUCAAGUCUCCAUCAUGUUGAAUCAUUGUUAAGCAUUUUCCCAAACCAUACAAUUUAGUACCAUAGUAAGCCUGUGUUUUUUUCCAUAGUUAUGUUCGGUUUUGUGGACUUCGAUUCAAAAGGAAAAAAGAAUAUUAAUGUAGUUAACAUCAAGUGAACUUGCCUGCUUUUCAUUUGAAAGGUUUAUUGUCAUCUCACAAAUUAUAAACUAUGCAUGAAAACACCAGAAUAAGAAGUCUUAUGCUGGGCUCCGAACAACAGAUUAAUACCAUGUCCCUUCAACAUGGCAUUCAUAGUAAACUUACCGUUAAAACAUUAAAGGUCCAGCAGGUCAGUUUCAGCAGAAUACAUCAUUCAGUCAGGUCUUUUUGCAUUAAAUAUAUUAAAACAACACAAUUCAAAACUAGAAUUACCACUUGGCAGGUAAAUGCUUACACCAAGUUUCCAAUCGCCAGACUGGGAAGGUACAGUGGAAGGUUGAGAAGAAAGACCAGAUUAUUGCUAUGGUACUAACGUUAUAAGCAAGGGUUGACCAUAAGGCCAGUGGCCUUUACCUUUGACCUCCAAAAUCUGGCCAGUUCAUCCAUAGUCUUAGUGGACAUUUAUGCUGAGUUUGAAGAAAAUCCCUCAAAGCAUUCUUGAGAUAUCACUUUAACAAGCAAGGGAGGUACAAACCCAUGACCUUAACUUUUGACCUCUAAAAUCUAAUCUAAGGUUCAUUUAUGCUCAAUUUACAUACAAAAAUAGAUCUGUGUUUACAGUGCUACAACCUUCACUGCUCACAUGCUCAUGUAUGUCUGAUACAUUUUAGUGGUGGUUGAAAAAUGAAUCCACUAGAGGUUACACAUCCGUCCUCCUCCCAGCUGUUCUGUUGUAGUUGUAUGUCUCUGUGCAUAGGUGACCUAAGAUCACAUAUAUGCUUUCAGUUUUUAACAACUCACAAUAUUCGCCAAUAUUUCCUCUGAAAGUUUGAGUAAUAUUCUGCCAUUUUUUUUCAAAUCAUUCUAUGAGCUAAAUUCCUAAACAAAAUCCCACAAUCACCCAUGGUAUUGAAACGUUUUGUCUGUAUCUGUAAGGUUUGAAAGAAUAUUCACAUUCUUUUGAUAUGAUAUUCACAAAAAUGACCCAGAUGUUAGAAGGACUUGCCUGCAGACCGUACAUAUCUGACGGCCACUGCUACAACCGUCUAUCUGAGACACGUAAAUCUACAAAUAAAAGUGCCGUAAUUAGCCAGUACAAAGUAAUCUAGUUUUAGAAUUUGUUUUGAAUUCAACCUCAUUCAUGAAGUCUGGCAGUAACAUUCAUUAAAAUAACUACAUUGCAAACAUGACAGACUAAACAACAUUUCAUAAAUAAAACAAAGAAGAUGGGGAUGCUGGCUGCGUUUGAGUGUUUUCAUGGAGGACGUGCUUUUUUCCUGUAAGCAGACUGAUUACUUGGCUUUUUUAAACAUUUUGCAAUCAAGUUUUGCUGAUCAGGUUUGUAACUUUCAACUUUUGGUUUUCUAACCCUCAUCUUAACCCUUAACGGGAGUUUUAUCUGAUUUGGUUUUGAACGUUUUAGCGUGUAUUUCCAUUCUAAGAUAUAUACCGUCUCAGAUGAACAGUCUGUAAGAAUGACCAUCAGAAAUAAACAGGCUGCAGCUGGAAUAUCUUGCUGAAGUUCAGGGAUGAUCGUGAGGUCCAGUGACUUUACCUCAAGACUCGUCCUCCAAAAUCGAAUCCGCUCAUUCUUGGGUCAGAGUGAAAAUUAGUGCAGUUUGAUGUAAAUUUGUUAAGGUGUUCUUGAGAUAUUGCAUUCAAAAGAAUUGCCCUAACCUGGCACACCAGAUGGACUGCUUCACAUAGCCACUCUAUGGGAUUUAUCUCACAUCUUUCUGAGCUACACCCCACAUACUAUGUUUGGGAAACAUUCAGUACUGGCAAAUCAGAGCAGCAAAACGUGCCACAGCUAAGGACUAAACUACAACAGGCAGUCGUUUUUGUCAUUCACUUUCAGUGGAGCCAGUUGGUAAAUUAAUCCCUUACAGAAGCUGGUUGGGACAAGAGGAAAAACAUAUUUUCCUCCAAGAAAAGUGCAACUCUCUGCAACUCCAGUUCUGAUAAAACUGCUGCUACAGUUACAUCUGAGCUAAUCUCUUCAGAGGUCGCCAUUGUUUACAGACUUGCAGUAUUUUAUAGUUUGACCAGUGUCCCAUCCAGUGUCAUCAAAGAGGCCGGGUUUAUGACUCGUACUGUAGCAGGUUUGCAAGGAGAGCUCAAAAUAUCCUGGCAUCACUCUCGGACAGCUGUGGUUCUGUCCUUGUUAAUAUAAAGUCUCUGUGCUUAACCAUGUUGAACCUAUUGUUUGAUCCUCAGACCAAACCGCAACAGCUCCUUAUGUCAUUUAGAUAAAAUCACACAUAUAAAAGGCCAUGAAUUCAGUGCAUGCAGCAUAAGUUUAAAAGAUGACUAUGAGAAGAAGUGUGAUAUUGUUUACUUAUUUGAAACAAACUGGAUCAGCCAGGAGUAUUAUUUCAUGCACAAGUCUGAGAAACCGAGAGCACCCACCAUGAGCGUGUCUGUGUUGAAGUGUUUGUGUGGUUUUAGGAUUCUGUAACUGGACCCGUAAACAUUAACAGAGCUGAAGUGGGACAGAUGUCACUCCAAGUUUUGAUCACGUGUGCAUGUGUUUGUACAGGGUGUGCGUGUGCCGUGUAUAUCGUGCUGAUGUAAAUAGUGGAAGUAAUCACAGAUAAACCUUGAACUAUACUGUAUAUUAGAGUCUUACAAUCAUGAGUAACUAUUUAUCGAACUAUUUAUCGAUUAAUUUAUCACUCAAUUAUUUAUUGAUGCAACAAUGCAGCAGUGAUGGCCUCUGACAAAGACAACUUUAAGAUCUCCAUGGCAACUUGUAUGUUCAAAAACUGCAUUAUCAAUCAACUCGGUAACCAGUCGUGGCUUUCUGUUCUUUCUUUAGGUUUGUAGUUGUUGGUUGAUUGUGUUGUUCGUCAUGUCUUCGCUGUAUCUCCUCACAUCAGAAAAUAAAUGUAUUAAGGUGUGAUGAGCUACAGCGUUGACAAAAUUAAACCGAAUAUGACCAUAUCAUUUCUCUGAUGUGCAUGCUGUGAAUGGAUCCUCCUCUGUGCAUCAAUGUGGGUGAAUUUGCCGGCUCAGUUGUUCGAUAUGUGAGUGAAUAAUGACAGCAAAAGGCACAUAUUACUUUGUGUUUCAUGAUGAAAGCUCUCAGACUUUAUAAUUAAGCCAUCACAGGAUUUACCAUGAUUUAUUAUUUUAGAAAGUCAUCAUUUUGAUUUGUUCUUUGUGUUUCUGGAGUCUGUUCACGUCUUUUUUAAUGUACUUUGAUGCGUUCAAAUGUAAACUUUGGUGGAAAACUUGACUAAAAGCCAGUUUAGCUUCAGGGAGUUCCGGUAGAGCAAGGAGAGAAUGAAAAAGUACCGGUAGUCCAUUAGACUUUUAUUAUUUCUCAGAUCUUAUUUUGUAUGAGAUUAAUUUAUUUUGCUGUGUAUUAAGCUCUAAAGCUGUGUUGUAAACUGUGACAG